CUCAAAGAGCCCCUCAGUAUGAGAACAACUCCAGCACAACAGGGAAUCCUCCUGCUUGCAACUAUGGGCUUUUAAUCAAGGCCUCUGUCCUCCAGCCUUUCACAGAUGCAAGCCGGGCAGGCUAGCAACACCCCUAUUCUCAUACCAAGACCAGUCUGCUGCAUUCAUUGAAUGAACAGCCCGUCUUUCAUUGUUUCAAUAAUCAUGAUGGUGCUUAUUCUACAAUCUGCUAUCAACUGUUGCAAAAAGCCACACCAUAGACAAAUCCAUAGAACUGUGGAGUUGGUAGGGGGCUUGAGGGUCAUCUAGUCCAGCCCCCAGCAAUGCAAGAAUCUUUUGCCCAACCCCCAAGCCUGAGAUCAAGAGUUUCAUGCUCCACCGACUGAGCUAGGCCAGCUGUUGUUGUUUAGUCGUUUAGUCGUGUCCGACUCUUCGUGACCCCAUGGACCAUAGCACGCCAGGCACUCCAGUCUUCAGGCACAAAGUAAUGGGCAGCAUAAUACCCGCUGUAGUUUAUACAAAAUAUAAGGCACCUUUUAGGGGACGUUAUCUUCCGUUUGCCAGCACGUCGGACCGGGUGAUCUUUUGAGAUCCCUGUGAUUUCAUGACUCUUGUCCAUCGGCGUGGCUACUUCGAUGUGGUUAGAUGUUUCUAAUUGACACAACGCCUCCGGACUACAUUGCAGGGUUGUCGUGAGCCACCUUCCCCGCCUAAUCCUGCAAGGCCUUUUAACCUGCAAAGUGGAAAACAAUCCAGAAUUGCCGCAAAACCCCGUCCAACAUCUAUCCUACACUUUAAAACGGUGGGGCGGCAGGGAGAAAUCCCCUUCACGGGCGCUGGAAUUACGAGCCUGAAAGUUGUGAGUCUUAUCGAUUUCGUGUUUCCAUUGCCCUUCCCAACAUGGCCGAGCGCUGCACCGAUUCUUCUGAGGUCUCUCGGACCUUCUUAAUAUGGCGACCCAACCAGCCUCACUUCCUCCCACCUACCCCAAACGGGAAAAGGCGGAGCCACGUUGCGCGUGCGCGUUGGCCCCGGGGAGUGCUCUUCGACGCCAUUUUGCGUGGCCGCCGGGCGGGCACACGGCUGUUUCCGGGUUGCAGGCCCCGGAGCAGAGAAAGAGAGAAAGAGAAGACCAGAGAGGCAGAGGAGCUUGUGGGUUUAUGAGUGACCAAAAGUUCUUUUUACGCUGAGUCGGCAGGGCGUGGGGCAAAGAUGCCUAUACCUCCUCCCCCUCCCCCUGGACCACCCCCACCCCCAACUUUCAAUCAGGCUAACACAGACCCUCCAAAACUGAACAGGGAUGAGCAGCGAGGGAGGGGAGCCUUGCUGCAAGACAUCUGUAAAGGGGCCAAGUUGAAAAAGGUGACCCAAGUCAAUGACCGGAGUGCACCCAUCAUUGAGAAAUCCAAGGGCAGUGGUGGCUACAACUCUGGCGCAUCCCCUCUGCCACCAAAGGGCGGCCUCUUCCAGGGUGGUGUCCCCAAGCUUCGACCUGUCGGAGUAAAGGACAGUUCAGAAAGUCCCUCUGGGAAGCAGUCCCUCCAGGUCCCUGGGUCCAGAUCAGCGGCUCCGCGGCCCCCAGUGUCUGCAACCAGCAGUCGGCCCCAAGAUGACGCUGACCACAGCCGGGCUUCCCCUCCGGAACUUCCGCGCAUGCAGAGACCUUCCUUGCCAGAUCUCUCGCGGCCAAACACCGCCAGCGGCACCGGCAUGAAACACAGCUCGUCGGCUCCGCCGCCUCCGCCCCCGGGACGCCGAGCCAACGCACCCCCUGCCCCUCCUCCCAUGCACAGCAGCAAAGCACCUUCCUACAACCGCGAAAAGCCCUUGCCACCAACGCCAGGACAGCGGCUCCCAGGGAGUCGGGAUGGACCGCCGGCUCCUCCCCCUAUCAAGCCGCCCCCUUCCCCAGUGAAUAUCCGAACGGGACCAAGCAGUCAGGGCCAGUCUCUGGCGCCCCCUCCUCCGCCUUACCGCCAACCCCCCGGUGUACCCAACGGCCCCGCCAGCCCCACCAACGAGUCCGCUCCCGAGCUUCCGCAGAGACACAAUUCCUUGCAUCGAAAGACACCCGGGCCUGGGAGGGGUAUGGCUCCUCCCCCACCCCCUUCAGCCUCCCCUUCUUUACAGAGCAAUCGGCCCCCACCUCCUGCCCGUGACCCUCCAAGCCGGGGCGCAGCCCCUCCACCGCCGCCACCCAUGAUCCGAAAUGGCGGUAGAGAUGCGCCUCCGCCUCCCCCACCCUACAGAAUGCACGGGACGCCAGACCCUACGAGCCGUGGGAAACCCCCACCCCCACCCACCAGAACGCCAGUUGGACCUCCUCCCCCUCCCCCACCCAUGAGAAAUGGACACCGGGACUCUAUUUCCACUGUCAGGUCUUUCUUAGGAGAUGACUUUGAAUCUAAAUACUCCUUUCAUCCAGUGGAAGAUUUCCCAGCGCCAGAAGAGUUCAAGCACUUCCAGAAGAUUUAUCCCAGCAAAACGAAUAGAGCUACACGUGGGGCCCCUCCUCUGCCUCCCAUCCCAAGGUGAAAAACAGCAGCUGGGCAUGGUUCCACAGCACCAAAAAAAAUGGACCUGUGUUCUCUGAUUUUCCCCUCCCUUCCUCUCCCUCAGAAACCUGCAUGAAAAAUACAUUCCUGCUGUUGAUUCCCCCAACCCCCAAACUGUUUCAAGAACCCGGACAAACCUACCAUUACUCACUUCCAUCUAUGCAUUUCACACCUGGACUUAAAAGGACGUCUCUUGGCACAGCUGGGUGAGAACCCUUUCCUGCAGAUCUGUGUGGGUCUCCCCAGUUCAUAAACAACUACUGUUCAAGAUCAAGGGUCCAGUGGAUAUUUCCCGGAAACGCAAGCCAAACAGGACCGUUUUGGAUCUCUGGGCCAGUGUGAAGCAACUGAUCUUUGCCUAGCUUAGGGGAGGGAAAUGCCUGCGAAAUGGGGAAUUCUGGUUUUUUUUUUUUAAAGAGGUGAGCAUUAGAAGGACUGAAAUAGCUAUUCCAUUUUUGAAUGCAGACACUACAUACUAACGCGUUAAAAUUGUGGUUAACUUGAAGAGAGGAGGGGAGGAAAUCAGUAUAAACAGCAUCGCUUGGAGCAAAUUCUAUAUGAGGAAAGCUAUACAAAUGUAGCAGCAUCCAUGGUAGCACAAGUGAAAUUCAGGGUGCAAUUUACACUCCAUCGCUGCAGCGCUCCUUGUCCUGCAGAUCUGAAGAUGUCCUCUUUCCCUUGAGUGUCGGCUGCUAGCAAUCCAGUACAAGCCCCUGUGACUCCUAAUCAUGCCGAUUAUAAUCUGUCGGCCGCUACUGACACAUGUAUGGCAUUGCCAAGGGCGCAAAUGUCGCGGCCAUGCAGGGCAGAGUGCACUUUAGGCCCCAAGUUGUUGUUGUUGUUUGUUGUUCAGACUGUGACAUUGACUGUCUUGCCUCUUCAGAAAGAUCACUUCCUACUGUUUCCACGAAUGAAGUCACGGCCCCAUCUUGUCUCCUCCAGCCAUGGGUAGCUUUGAGAAGGAGUUGCCCUAUGUAUUAAUGCCCUCUGGCAGCAGGCGUGUUUUUGGGGUUUACCAUUGUGCUGAGGGUUGAGUGGGUCCCGGCUGCCUGCCCACCCUGAGGCACCGGAAGGAAGUCAGAUGGGGAAGCAUUCAGCUCUGGUUAUGAGUGGUAUCCUAUUCCAAGCAGCGGCCCCCAGCCAGUGUGUGCAAAUGCAAAUGCUUAAACGGUAAAUUGAUUGCUCCUAACUCGGAGUUGAUCGUUGUGACGGUUAAUAACCGACUCCAGCAAAGUAGCUACUAUGGUUGGGGGUGACUAGAGAGCCCCCUUCACGCAGUAUAUUUUGUACACAGAAUAUCAUGUUCUCGGUGCUUCUUGCACAUGAGGAGGAGGAGAGUUGCCAUCUGUGCACAUGACCAUUGGGUGCUUGUUGCUCCUCCUGUGGAAGUGUCGCCUGUGCAAUCUAGGUGUCUUGGUUGUAGCACGGAAAACCUGGCCUGCCAUCGGAGGGAGAUCUCAUAGUGCUUGUCUUGGGGCUUGAGGUCAGAGCAGUGGCAUUCUCAUUUGCCUUUUUACCAGUAAGCAAGAAAUACACUCCAUUUGUAGAUUGCACAUGUUCUUCUUGGUGUGGCUUUGUCUCCAUGCGUAGUGGCCUGUUCGGAAAUCACUGCUACACUGCUUCCCAGAAGUAGAUGCAUCCUGUUCUGUGCUGAACACUAUUGAUCCUGAAACAGGCAGAAUUCCUGUCAUCUUCUUGGCCCCUGCUCUUGUUUAUACUUGAUGCAGAUGGUUAUAACAUCAGACCUAGCUAGCUAGCUGGUUGGUUGAUAUAUUUUUUUGCCUUACACAGUACUUCUGUCAUGUGAUUGGUACCAGAUUUGUUAUAAUUAUUGUGUAUAUUUACUCUUGAAUAACUUGCGGGUUGGGAAAUACGUGUUAUAAUCAUAAAUAUUGAUCUAUUUUGUAUGUUGUAAAAAGUUUGUAAUAUAGGAUCAAGGUAGGCUUGCUGGCCAUACACUACAAAAGCUCCCUCACCUUCUACUUAAACUUUUUUUUUUAUGAUGAUGGAAAUUCAUCCACUUUUAUGUUAAUGACCAGGCAGUCCCUCAUGUUGAGGGCUAAUGCUUGGUUGGAGGAAUUUCUUUUUUCUUCUGGAGGAAAAUUAAGUCUUACCCAGCAUAGCUUGCUGGGGAGAGAAGUUAAAUGCACUGUGCAUUUUUGAUGUGUGUGUUUAAUUUUUAUUAAAGAUUAUGUUCGCUAUAAUGUUAGCUUCCCGUAGAUAAAUCCUUUGUGAAGCAACUGUGAAGGGGGUUCCUAAGUUUAAAAUGGCAGUGGAAUUAAAACUUCUUAAAUGAGGCACCUAUGUUAUACUUGCACGUUCUGGGCCAAAGCACUGCUUUCUUCCUCCUUCCUUUUUUUCCAUGUUAGGUCUGUUUUUAUUGCCUUGGGGGGACGGGACAGGUUGGGGUUGGGAUGGCUUUGCAUUUCCUUAUUGACCAGGUGUGUUUGUACAAGGGGAAACUGGCACACAGAGAGACAUUUUCCUAUUUCACCCUGUCCUAAAACCUCAGACCAGGUUUAUAUAGCAUUUUAAAAACCACAAAUGUGAAAGUCGCAUCACCCACUACCAAGAUGAAAACCUCAAAUUUGCUCUCCCAACUCCUAGACUCUGCCAAAAAGUAUGUGAGUUUUGCUGAAGGUGGCAGACAUACUUUAUGCCUGGAGACCCUUAGCAGUUUUGUUUUUAGCAAAAUCAAGCAAUGAAGUUUCUUUCCCCUGGGCUUUACCAUUUCAGGCUGCUGAUGAAGGAAUCACAUAAUUGAAUACAAUUCCUUAUAGAAAAAGUUUAUGUAUGUUAAAAACCAUGCUCAGCCAUCUUCUGGCAUGGGUUUUUUGUUUGUUUGUUUGUUUUCAAAUAGAGGACCAAAGCGUGUCUCUUUAUGUAUACAUAUUGAAGAACAGUCCAGGAUAAGCUUUUAUUGUUCCGAAUAUUUCCUUCUCUGAACAAAGAUUCAGGAAUGGUGAUCAAGAUACCAGUUUUGAUUUCAUUUCCACAGCUGUCCCUAUUGAUACCGCCCCCCCCCCCAGGAUUAGCUGCAAGAAAAUGCAUAGCGGCCUGAUUCGCACAUCAUAUUAAACCAUAGACUGUGGUUUAAUGUGAACAUGCAAUGUGCUACCAGGCCCUGCUGAAAUUGUGGGUGGUUUGCUCCUGCACUCCUGGUGUUGCUAUGGCUUACCAUUACGUCGAAACCCACGGCCAUGCUUUGUUUUACUCCAAACCACCAACGAUUGGUAAUCAAGGUUUGUUCUCGGCUAACCGCUUGUGGGGUGGGGAGAGAAACCACGAGCCUGGGUUCAGACAUAACACUAAGCCAUCAUUUAAACCGUGAUUUUAACUCUGGCUUAAUAUGGAAAAUAUGGACAAGACCAAUCUUAAGAGCUUAAUGCAGGUUGCAGCUUUUAGGUCUCAUCUGUCUGGUUUCUUGAAACAGUUGCCUUACAGAUUUGGAUGCUGGGUUGAUAGCGCAUAGCAGCACAAUGCAGGCACGCAGGAGCCUCUAUGUUGUGAAGCUGUGAAAGACACACAUGCUGCCAAGAAUAACUGCACCAUAUUGGAGAUGCAAAUUCAGAGGACUGGCUGCCUGCAGCUCUGAAUCAGUAGUACUGUGUGUGCCAUUAUUCCAUGGAAGUGCAGGAGAUGCUCACAUGCCCUGGUGCAGAACUCUUUUCUGAGAAUGGACCUGGACCAUUUUUUGGGAGUAAAAAAUGGUUCUAGUCCUUUGUAGCCAACAAGAGGUGUUUGAAAACGUGUGGGCAGUGCCUAGUGGAAUAUUAACCAGUGGAACAGCUGGAGAAGCUUACUGGUGGUCAAGGGAAAGAGAAGCCUUCGUCGUUCUGUGUGGUUCAUUGACACUAACACAUGACCAGCAGCAUUAGAAAUAGAAAAUGGGGCAGAAACAGAAUCAUGCAAAUUGGCUUAAUUUGUAUAAUAGGUUGUAGAAUUCCACAUUUCUUGGUAUAGGAUUUGAGUUAUCUUGGCUCAGUUCUUGUGUGUGCAGAGAACACCCAGCCCUUCUCUUACUAGUCUUCCAUUGUAAAUGAAGUGUGAAACUGCAUGAGUGUGCCAGGGCAGAGGCUGUUGUGGAGGGUGCAACACGCCCAUUGUUGAAUAGAAAGAUUUCAGAGUUUCACUCACUGUGCCUUAUCCUCAGGUGGCUCCCAUUGGGGGUUUGUGUGUGUGGGAUAUUGGUCAAUCUUUAGUCUCUUGCAAGCUUAUAUGCACUCUGUAUCCUAUGUUAAGCUUUGGUUUAACAGUAUCAUUACUGUUAAGUGAAGAAACACUACUGAGAGCCACUUCUUGUGGUUUCAAUAACGAGAAUUUUGGUCUCUUGCACUGUUACUUUGCUUCAAGUCUACCCUUUGCCUUUAAGAUAAAACUGUCCUUUCGUUUGCCCCAUGUCCUUUGCUUUGCUUUUGUAAAGGUUUCGAAAAGCUUCAUCCAGACUGCUUGCAAGUGAAGAAUCCCAGGAUUCUUGAGUCGUUUGCUGUGAGCAGAAUCAUGUGGGGCAUCUUUCAUCGUUAGGGUUAUAACAUUCUUACACAAUUUGCUUAUCCCAUUACAAGAUAAGGAACUGUGAGAACUUUUAAGAUGUUCUUGAUGUGGCAUUUGGAGAAACCCUUGGUGUUUUUAAAAA